AUGGUUCAGCCCUUUGCGAACCCUGCCGGAACCUCCAAGACUCACAACAGCCAACAGGGUGGUCGGCUUUUAUCGGGUCAUGUGAAGCUUGUUCCUAACGAACGAUCCGGAAUGCCCCUCCAAGAAUGGAUCAAUGAAAUACCCAAUACAGGACUGAUCAGAUAUCGCAUGCGGUUCAACAAAGAGGUCGUCUUUGUGACCAGUCCCAAGGGCCUCUCUGAGGUUUUAGUCCAGAAGAGCUACGAGUUCGUAAAGCCUGCAAAACUCAGGCUCGGGCUGGGUCGAAUUCUUGGAGUCGGUUUGAUCGUGGCCGAGGGCAGUCAACACAAGAAACAACGCAAACUUUUGAUGCCCGCAUUCCUGCAUCGUCACAUCAAGGAUCUUUAUCCUAUUUUCUGGGACAAGUCCGUGGCCCUGGCUCGUGUCUUGAGCGAAAAUAUCUCUCCGUCUCAGGACAAACCCGCCAAAGUCUUUGACGUUGCCGACUGGCUUGCAAGAGCGACCCUCGAUAUCCUGGGGUCCGCUGGUCUGGGUGAAGAAUUCGAUACCCUUCACCAUCCGGACAAUGAAAUCUGCAGUGCCUACCGCAAUGUCUUCGAGCAAAAGCCUCCUCGGGGAACACUAGCCAUGGGGGCUUUCUUCGUGCGCGAGGCCUUCAUAAGUAUAUUUGGUAUUUCUCGCAAAGAUAGUAUCAGUAUGGCGACCAAGACCCUGACCGAUGUCGCUCGCCGACUGAUCGCGCGGAAAAGAUCAAAUAGACAGGUUGAAGGUUCAAAGGAUCAGCAUGACCAGGGCCGUGAUAUCAUCUCUGUCAUGCUGGCGUCCGAUUCCUUUACAGAUCGAAUGCUCGAGAAUCAUCUUUUGACCUUCCUUGCAGCGGGACACGAAACAACGGCCACUUCAAUGACGUGGGCAUUGUAUGCUCUAUGUCUGUAUCCCAACGUACAACAGCAACUGCGCGAUGAAGUCCGAAAAGCACUGCCUCAGCACAUUGAUCAGGCACACGCAGCGGAGCCCAUGAAGGCCGAGCUUCUGGACAGUUUACCGUAUCUGCAUGCCGUCUGCAACGAGGUCUUUCGCAUCUACCCACCUGCUGGACUCACUCGGCGGGUGGCGGUUCAAAACACCUCAAUUCUGGGCCAGUUCAUACCAGCAGGUACCGAAAUCGUCAUCUCACCACGCGCAGUGAAUGUUUCGAAAGAUCUCUGGGGUCCCGAUGCAGCCACGUUCAAUCCAGAUCGGUGGAUGAGGCCAAGUCAGGCAAAUACUGGAGGUGGCUUGACCAACUUCUCGUUCAUGACCUUUCUUCAUGGUCCUCGCUCUUGCAUCGGACAAGGUUUCGCCCGCGGCGAGUUUGCAAGUCUUCUCGCCGCUCUGGUCGGUACUUUUGAGAUGUCUCUUGCUCAGGAUCCAGAUAUCGUUAUUGAGACGGGGCUCACAUCACGUCCCAAAGGAGGGCUUCUUGUGCAGUUUCGGAAGAUCUAG